ACAUGUGUGGGUAGAUUUUGGACAAGGAACAGGAAGGGAAAAGAUGAGUCGCAUUUGAUGGGCGGAGGUAGAAGUUCCGAAGGUCAGCGGGUGGUAAUGGGGUGGGAGGUGGUGGUGGUGGUGCUUUUACUAGGUGGGGUAGCGCGCACGACGGAUCAAUUCGCUUUGCGCUUGGGAGCAGCGCUACGGGGAAGAGCAACAGUCUGUCUACCCCUUGCUACCCGGAAAAGUGCUCGAGACUGUACGAACGUGUCCUCUACUUACUUACAUGCACCACCGUUGGUUACGAGAAUGACAAUAAGCUGCGAUAAUUUAAUUCAGUGCGUAAACGAAACGUAAGAUAGUUUAUUAUAUUUCGUCGAUAAGAAGAUUGUAUUUAUUAAUUCGCGAUAUAAAUUACGAUAAAUUGUGAAAAAAGCUACGAGGGUAAAAACUGCAAGUAGGAAACAUGACUGCGAUGAAUGUCCUAAUAGUGGAGAGGAUAGCGAAGAGGAUGUAAUAACAGACUACCUUGGAUCAUCGCAUUCAGACUGUGACCGUGUGCCUACUAUUAAUGGAGAUCUUGGUAGCCUGAGUCUACAUGGGAAUAUAGUCACGGAAACUGGUUAUACCGAAGAUAAUACCAAUAAAACCAUCACCAUGUCUGGAGGGAAUUCCGAACAGCAACAGCAACAUCGGUUGCUUACACUUGGUACUAACAUUCAAACUCAGCCUAAUCCUCUUGUACCCAUUAUUAGCGUCACACCUCAUUCUCCUGGUUUUGCUAAAAACUAUCCUGUCUUAGAGGACAAUUUGCAGCAUUUGCACGAAAUUCAUGACUGGAUUCAACGUAUGAGAGACUUGACGAUGAAUACUUUGGGAAACAAUAAUCGCAUGUCCCACGAUGUACCUCAGAGACUGACCUCUUCGUGUCCUUCCUUAUGUCCGUUGAUACUUAUAGAGGGACAUCGUUCCAAUAAUCAUGAAGCAGGAUCUGAUCCAGAUCUUCUUGUUAACUGUUCAACUAAUAGCUCUCCGACACAUUUUCCACCUAUGAGCUCUCAUGCUCAACCUGUGCAGGGCAUAGAUAGAAGACGAAGUUGGACGGAUUUGGAAGAUACUAGACGUGGCCGACGCAGAUAUUCCGGACAAAAUCAUUUACAAGCACAAAAUAUGCGACAACGCAGCAUUAGUUUAAGUAGUCUGGACAGUGAGAUGGAACUAGAACUAGAUGGAAAAUCUUGUAGUGGACCUGUAGGGGUAGGUAAUCGAGCAUGCAGAUCACAAGCAAGUACUCAUUCCUUAAAUGAGGCAGACCUUGUGCAGAGUGAAUAUCAGAAGAAUGUCUUAAAAAGAAAUAGUCAAAGAUUAGGUGAAAGUAGCAGUUUGAUGCCAGGUUUAACUGGUGCACGUUUACCUCUCCAGAAAUCUAUUUCGACCCCUUCCAUCGUUACACCGCCAAUUCAUACGCAUCUCACAGAGUCCGGAACACGAACAACACCUUCUCUCGCAGCAGAAACUGCAUAUGAUGAUCAACAUUCUGAGAAGACCAGAAGAAAGCGUGGCUCUAUUUUCUUCCGUAAGAAAAAGGAUAAAAGUGGCAAGAAAAAUAGUCAACAGCAACAUGUAUGGACAACAAUGACAACUGGAGCACAAGGAAAUUACCAAUGUGAUGUUUGCAUGAAGCAAUCAACAAGUAAACCAAUUCUUCAUUGUGAAAAUUGCGGAUUAUCGGUACAUCAAAGUCAAGGAUGCAAGGAUCAUUCUGUGUUAGAAUGCACCAAAUCUAAGCAUCAGUCUGUAAAAACUGUUAUAAAAUCAACGUCGAGUAUUUCUUCGGUUACAAGCAACAAUAGCGUGAAAAGAGGUUCCACGGCAUCGCUACCGUUACCAACAUCAUCUGGAAGUGGAAGGGAAAUUAACAGCAAGAAAACAGUGACAAGCUACAGCCCUUGGCGGCGAGUUGCCACCAAGCUCGGAGUCAAUCAAACAAUUAAUGAGGAAAAGGAUACAGAUGGUAGUGGUUCACAUCGCGAUGCUUCCAGCGGUUGGGAAGAAUUCGAUUUUGGAGACGAAGCACAUCAGUUUACCGUAGGUGAUCUCGAGGGCUUAGAUCCUGAACUGGGCUUAGGAAAGGAAGAACCUGAUUCAUGGAGUACAGCUAUUGGAAGACACGUCGCAUCACGUCUCGUAGAUCAUUGCGAACGCGAAGUGAAGAGACAAGAGCAUAUAUACGAAUUUGUGUUAACAGAGAAACAUCAUUGCUUGGUAUUGUUAGCCAUGGAAAGGAUCUUCGUGGAAGGCUUACGACGCCAUUUCCGUUUGGGACAACCAAAUCUAGAACGAAUGUUUCCUAGAUUACGUGAUCUCAUUGAAAUUCAUUUGAGAUUUCUACAGAAAUUACGUAAACGUCAAAAUGCAAACCCUGUUGUUCCUACUAUUGCUGACAUACUCGUCGAACAAUUCUCAGGUGAAAAUUCGCAACGUAUGAAAAGCGCAUAUGGAGAAUUUUGUAGUCGUCAUAGAGAAGCUGUUGAAACUUACAAGUAUUAUCUGCAUCAUGAUACUCGAUUUGAGCGUUUUGUGCGUCACUGUCAGACUAUCCCUUUGUUGAAAAAGAAGGGGAUUCCAGAAUGUAUAUUGUUCGUUACCCAACGUUUAACAAAAUAUCCAUUACUAGUCGAACCACUUAUUAAAACUGGUAUUAUGCAAGAUGAAGGAGAGAGCUUGAGAAAAGCUCUGGGAUUAGUGAAAGAAAUUUUAGCAGACGUAGAUGCCUGCGUAGCAGAUAAAGAGCGGGAAGAUAGAAAAUUAGAGAUUUAUAAUAAGAUCGACGCGAAAUCAUUCGCUACGUACCGUGGUGCCAAAUUCAAAAAGUCGGAUAUAAUGGCGUUUAAUAGAAUUUUGAAAUUCGAAGGAACGGCGUAUUUGAUGCAAGGUCGUGGAAAAACGACUGCCAUUGUCGUAGUCGUUCUUUCCGAUAUAUUAUUCUUUUUAGUUGAAAGAGAUCAAAAAUAUGCUUUCUUGGUUCCGGACAACAAAGCUGCUAGCGUGGUAUCGUUACAAAAAUUAUUGGUACGAGAAAAAGCCGGUCAAGAAUCCAGGGGUAUAUACUUGAUAAGUAGCAAUCCAGCGGAACCUGAGAUGUUCGAAUUGAAAGUUCAAAAGCCUAAGGAUAAGCAAUUCUGGAUUCAAGCAAUACGUUCAGCGGUUGAGGCUUGUCCUCAAGAAUCUGAAAAUGACACAGAUGUUCUUACGGAUGGUAAUAGUAAUAAUGAAUUAAGGGAUACACGUUCAUCCUCCAUAUCGAUGCUUUCCGUAGAAGAAAGGCAAAAAAUGAUUAAAGCUAAGGAGUCGCACAUAUUUAGAAUCGUCGGCGAAUUACGAAAGAAAGACGCGGAACAGGCGUUGCUGUUUGAAGAAAAAAUUAAUUUACAAGUGCGUCUUUUACGUGCGUCUAAUAUCUGGAAUGAAAAUGAUAGUGAUCAUGAGAAAACGGACAAAGUGGAAAAAGAAAUACGCGAUUAUACACGUCUUGUUCAGAUGGAAGCGACGGAUACGACUCAGUUAUGGCAAGAGGUUGUUGUCGCUGUACAGGAAGCUACACGAUUGGCCAGUUCAUUGUCAUUUAGCACUGGUGGUGCAACACUUUCUAGGAGUUUAAGUUCGGCUGGUGAACGUCAUAGCGAUGCUUACGUUCCACCAGCUCUUUGCGUUCCUAGACGAGCAGAGACGUUUGCUGGUUUCGAUAAUAACAAGGAAAGAUAUCCUGUACGUGAAUCAACGGCGAUGAAUGUAGGGUCAUCUCUCCCAAAAGUUGGUGAAGUUUCGAAAGAAAGUCAGGAGGACAAAGAAAGUUCAGAAUUAGACGCAAACAAAGAUCAACAAUGGACUGCGAUUCGUUUGUCGCAUCACGUGUAUACUCUGCUUUGUAUAAUCAGUAAUCAAAUGACGACAAUCGAUAGCCUACAAGCUCAAUUAGCCGCAUGCAAAGAGGGAAGUAUGGGAAAAUCAUCGAAUAACAGGCCGAAUCCAAAUCGUCAAUUGGAGGAGUUGAGAAAUUUGCAGGAUCAACUUAGCCGGGAGAAGGCAGCGUUUCGUGUUGCUUCUCAGCAAGAAAAAAAUCAGUUGGAAGAGGAACGAGCAGAAUUGGCAAGACAAAGAGAACAAUUGGCCGCGGAACAAAGAGACGUUACUCAACAGCGAGAUCAAUUGUAUCGCCGAUUGGAGGCGUAUGAACGUCAAGGUCUCAAGGCAGGCUCUACAACGGGUCCUACAACAAUUCAUCUGUCACACGUGACACAGGGUACAGAAAUCGUACAACCACGGAAGUCUCAAGCAGACGCUAAGAGAAUACCUAUGAAUUUAAUCAGCGCUACCAAUCAGCAGAAAGUACAAAGCAAUGUUCCUGUGAAGCAGCAACUCCCACUGAAGCUCGCAAGUGGAAGUAAUAACAAUAGCAGGAGCGGAAGUACUGCGAGCCACUAUAGUCCGGAUCGACAUACUAGAACAGGAAGUAGCCCUGCUAUCGUAACUGGAUCUGCGUUUUCUUCUCCUGAACUCGGCAAUAGUCACGGUAGUAGUGGCACCACGAGUCAAACACAUUCCUCUAAUCGAUCUCUUCGAAACACACGAUCUCCUCCCGAAUCAUAUCAACAACAACAUCAACGAGCGGAACAGCAACAACCUUUGGAGGAAGAGGUGAUCUUUUUCUGACGACUCUUUCGAUUCGGACGAAAACAUUCGCGUAAUUCACGUCCAAAUACCGAUGGAGCUACUCCGACGUCUGUACAAACGCCUCCGCAAUCUAGAUCAAGAGAUAGUCAGACUAGAAGCCGUGUUAAGUCCUUUUGACUUUCAACUUUCAGUCGGUAAUAAGACUGAUCGUUAUUUCUACUUUCACUCUUUUCCUCUUUCACUCUAUAUCUCUCUCUCUCUCUCUCUCUUUCUCUCUUUCUAUCUCUCUAUCUAUCUAUUUAUCUAUCUAUCUAUCUAUCUAUCUAUCUAUCUAUCUAUCUUUCUUUCUCUAUUAGCUUCUCCUCUAUUCCUGCAACUUUUGAUAUCUUUCGAAAUUCUAAUUCUUGAAACAAAAAGGGAAAAAAAGAAAAGAAGAGGAUGGAUAGAUCAACAAUAUAUAAGAAAGAAGGUUGCAGGUUUCGGAGAAUUUUACAAUAUGACAAGUACGCGAAGGAACUUUCAAUGUGCUAGAACGAAGAGCACGAUAUAUACAUAUAUCGUUUACUUAAACGCGAUAAUAAAGAAACAAAAGAUUGAAGGAAGCGAUUGAAAAGAUAAGAAGAAAAAAAUAAUAAUGAUACAAGGAAUAAAACAAAAUGAAAGGAAAUGAAAUAAAAUAGAAUGCAAUGAAAUGCAAUGUUACUUUGCUACAACUGCUAUCGGAGGCAAUAAUUCAAACUUUUAUGCCAAAUCUUUAGAACAAUGACUAUGCGAAGGAUUUGUGAAAGACGUGCAAUUUCGAUUGCAGUCAGGAAAGUAUAAGUGAAAUAAAUAAAUAAAUAAAUAAAUAAAGAUGAAAUGAAAUGAAAUGAAAUGAAAUAAUCGAGUAAAAUAAAAAGAAGUAUUAGAGACUGGCCGGCUUAGUGAAGUAGAAACCAGCCAAUCUUGUUGAAUCCUUGCUCGUUAUGUUAUUAAAAGCCGACUGAUCGUUUUAGAAACGCGCGGUUUUAGACGAAUCUUUUAAGUAAACCUGUUGCUGCUUGCUGAAAAUGCAAGAUAUAUAUGAGUACGUAUAUAUUACGGUUGCAUAUAUACAUCUAUAUGUAUAUAUACAUAUAUAUAUAUGUAUAUAUAUGUAUAAGACUCAUAUGCUUAAACGCGCCUGUUAUAUGUGAGAAAAAGGAGCGUACGAGUCUCUGCUGUUAUUAUGCUAUCUAUAAUAAAGCGCGUGCGCUUAAAAUUUCAAAAUACAAGCACAUUAUAUUGAUAUAUAUAUCUUAACUGUAUAUGCAUGUAUCUAUUAUAAAUGCGCGCGUAUUUCUCGCGUGGUAGCUAUUCUUAUAUUAUAACUUUAAAAGUAUUUUAAUACGUGCUAAAAAAUGAGACGGGUAAAAUAUACCCACUGUUUAUAACAAUAAUUAAUUAAUUAAUUAAUUAAUUAAUCAUUGUUUUCCGUGUGCCAAGUUGUUCGUUGAUUGAAGUCGAGUUUUCAAAGUGUAUUUGUUUCUUUUCUUUUCUUUUUUUUUUCUUUUAAAUAAUAAUUAGAUCAUGAACGAUCGAUGUAAUUGAUAAAGCAUGAUCGAUCGAUACAUAGUAUAGAUCGUUCCUCGUUUUAAAAAAUCGACUCUAUUUUUCAAGUAUGUACGUACACACAUAUAUACAUACGCAUAUACAUACAUACACAUACACACACAUACAUACAUACAUAAGCGAGACAAUUUGUGAUUGAAAUUUUUUUUCGAGAUUAUUCACUGCCAUUAUUGUUAUAUCUGCAUUAUUUUCAUCGAUUAUCUAUGUCGAUCAUUUUAUUUAUUACAUUACGUAAGAGAAGACCGGAUAUAAACAUUUUCGACUAUUCCGAUUAAUUAAUUUAAUUUCUAUUAUCAUCAUCUUUUUUUAUAUAUCUACAUAAAAAAAAAAAGAAAGAUCGUAUCGUUAAUUAUGAAGGAAAAGAGAAAAAAUGCAUUUUUCGAUAAGUAUUAUGCAAAGUGCGAUCAUAAUGCACGCUCUGAGUGAAAACGAAAAUCAUUUCUCGUUCUUUCUAAUGCAUUUACAUGUAUAUAUAGAGUAUUUACAAUGGAACGCUAAUAAAAAUUAGAUCGUUUUGUCGUAAACAUUCUGUGUAUAUACAUAUAUAUAUAUAUUGCUUCUUCUUUGAAAAUUCUAUUUAUUGUAAACAUAUAUACCUUGAAUAAAUAGUAAAUUAAGCUGAUUAUAGAUAUAUUGAAAUAUCGAUAUCAUUGUCUUUCAAUGAAACGAACAUAAUAAAACUUAUAUCGUGUUAGAAAAAUAUUGUUUGACGCUUCACAAUAAAUAUAUAUAUAUAUAUAUAUAUAGAUAUAUAUAUAUAUCGCUUUUAUUAUUAGCAGUUGUAUUACAGUCUUCUAAUUAUCUCUACGGGAUAGAGAAGAAACUUAAAAAGAAGCAAAAAAUCUGAGUAUUAUUAUUAUUACUAUCGUCUAAACAUUAAAAAAAAAAAAAAAAAAAGAAAAAGAAAAUUUAUGUGCGGAGAUCGUCUCUCUCAUUAUUAUUUUAUAUAACUUAGAAAAGAAAUCUUAGAAUUGCUUGUACAGGUCAUUAAUUUGCCUGAUUAAAUGUUACAGCGUGCAAUAUGAUCGAAUAAUAAAAAGCAUCAUUAUGGGUAACCGUGAUGAAGCAAAGCGCGACUAAAAUUAAUUAAUUUAAUAAGAAAAACAUAUAUAAGUAAUAAUACUACCAGUUCGUCUCAAUCAAUCGUGUUGACAAUAGUUAUUAAAAAGUAUUCUAUAAGAGAUUUCAAUUGUGAGAAAAAAAAAUAAUCAUACAAGUCUAUUAUUGAAAUGUGUCGAGAAUAUGUAGAAAAGCCCGUACAUGAUAAUAUAUCGUAUUUUUAGCUAUUAGUAAACCUUUAGAGAUGAAUGUUCGACUUCACGUUUCAUAGUACACGUAGAAAGCUAAUUAGAUCGGGAUAAGUGCAAGUGUGUUAGAGAAGAAAAAAAAAAUAAAUGAAGAAGAAAAGUAAAAUGUUAGCAUUUCAAUAGCAGUUGCAUAGUGCAUAGAUUUUUUCAAUAAAUAUGAAUAUCAUUGUCUGAAUUAUUUGUUGAAUUAAAAAAAAAAAAAAAGAAAAAA